AUGGAUCCGCCUCAGCAGUGUGUGGCCAGGUACCUGCUGGUCCUCUCCCUCGGACUAAUGAUGGGCAGGGGGAUCUGUCAGCACUACUACCUCCUCAGGCCCAUCCCGAGCGACAGCCUGCCGCUGGUGGAGUUAAAAGAAGACCCGGACCCGGUCUUCGACCCCAAGGAGAGGGACCUUAACGAGACUGAGCUCAAGAGCGCGCUGGGGGACUUUGACAGCCGCUUUUUGUCCGUUUUGCCCCCCGUGGAGGAGAAAUUCACGGGGAACGACGAGCUGGAGGACUUUGACGUCCACAGACCCGGUGGAGUACUCCCGAAGGAGAUCCGCGCCGUGGACUUCGACGUGCAGCUCGGUAAGAAGCACAAGCCGAGCAAGAAACUGAAGCGGCGGCUGCAGCAGUGGCUGUGGGCGUACUCCUUCUGCCCGGUGCUCUACGCGUGGACCGACCUGGGGAACCGCUUCUGGCCGCGGUUCGUGCGCGUGGGGAGCUGCCUCAGCAAACGGUCGUGUUCGGUGCCGGAGGGGAUGGUGUGCAAACCCGCGAACUCGACCCACCUCACGGUGCUCAGAUGGAGGUGUGUGCAGAGGAAAGGGGGGAUGAAGUGCGCGUGGAUUCCCGUGCAGUACCCCAUCAUCACGGACUGCAAAUGCUCCUGUUCCAGUUAGAGACUGAAGACUUUAUCUUAGGGGUGCACGGCGUUGGGGUUUGAUAUCUGAUGGGCCAACAUUUCCACAUUCAUCUGAGC